AUGCUGUUUUGUUUUCGCCUAUAUGGAAAACUUUGUAAACUUUUGUUUUCAUUUCCAUUUUGUAAAUUUCCGUUCUGUUUUGAUGCUGCAGGUAUCUCACACAAUACGCACAUCCACACAAAACCCCAGCGAAGAAAAAGAGAGGAAAUUAGCCCCAAAGCGUUCCCUCUAGUCUCCCAAAACCCAACACUGUCGGCGGCGAUGGCUGACUCGGCAGCGGCUGCUGCGGCGGCGGCGGCGCAACCGGCGACAGUGGGCCAAGCCGUGAUCCCGCUCGUCAAUAGGCUGCAAGACAUCAUGGCGCGGCUGGACGGCGACGCCGCCGCCGGCGUGGAGCUGCCACAGGUUGCGGCGAUCGGCGGGCAGAGCAGCGGCAAGUCAAGUGUGCUGGAGGCGCUCGUCGGCCGCGACUUCCUCCCGAGGGGCCCCGAAAUCUGCACGCGCCGCCCCCUCGUGCUCCAGCUCGUGCGCCACUCGGCCCCCGAGGAGUGGGGCGAGUUCCUCCACGCCCCCGGCCGCCGAUUCGACGAUUUCGAACACAUCAAGCGCGAGAUCCAGUCGGAAACGGACAAAGAAGCUGGAGGUAACAAAGGUGUCUCUGACAAACAGAUUCGUCUGAAAAUCUUCUCACCAAAUGUAAUUGACAUCACAUUGGUUGACCUCCCUGGAAUUACAAGGGUUCCGGUCGGAGAUCAGCCUAGUGAUAUUGAGUCAAGAAUAAGAACAAUGAUCAUGCAAUACAUUAAGCAUCCAAGCUGCAUUAUCUUGGCCGUCUCACCCGCAAAUGCAGAUUUAGCUAAUUCUGAUGCUCUUCAACUGGCACGGCUUGGUGAUCCUGAUGGAUCUCGUACAAUUGGUGUUAUCACCAAGUUGGACAUCAUGGACAGGGGUACUGAUGCUCGUAACUUUUUACUGGGAAAUGUAAUCCCCCUCAAGCUUGGUUAUGUAGGUAUUGUGAAUCGCAGCCAAGAGGACAUCAACUUUAACCGAAGCAUCAAAGAUGCACUUGCCUUUGAGGAGAAGUUUUUCUCGACUCUACCUGCUUAUCAUGGUCUUUCACAAUGUUGUGGUGUUCCUCAAUUGGCCAAGAAGUUAAAUAUGAUUCUACUAAAGCACAUCACAGAUAUGCUUCCAGGUUUGAAAUCUCGAAUAAAUGCUCAGUUGGUAGCAGUUGCCAAGGAACAUGCUGCAUAUGGUGAUACGGCAGAAUCGACGGCUGGUCAGGGAGUCAAACUGUUGAACAUAUUGGGAAAAUAUUGUGAAGCUUUUUCUUCGAUGGUGGAGGGGAAAAAUAAAGUGUCAACAGAUCAGCUUUCUGGUGGAGCAAGAAUUCACUACAUUUUUCAGUCAAUUUUUGUCAAAAGCUUGGAGGAAAUUGACCCUUGCAAGAAUAUAAGCGAUGAAGAUAUCCGCACGAGCAUACAGAACUCUGACGGUCCAAAGGGGGCUAUGUUUCUGCCAGAGGUGCCUUUUGAGAUUCUUGUGCGAAAGCAGAUAGGCCGUUUGCUUGAUCCAAGUCUUCAGUGUGCCAAAUUUAUCUAUGACGAGUUAGUCAAAAUUAGCCAUGGUUGCUUAACUAGUGAGCUGCAGAAAUACCCAAUUCUUAAAAGACGGAUGGGUGAAUCAGUUAGCAAUUUCUUGAGAGAUGGUCUUCGACCUGCGGAGACAAUGAUAACUCAUAUUAUUGAAAUGGAGAUGGAUUACAUAAAUACCUCACAUUCAAGCUUUGUUGGAGGCAGCAAGGUUGUUGAACUUGCUAAGCACGAAGGUCUAUCUUCGAGAGGACCAACUUCACUAUCGGUUCACAAGGAUGGUGUUGGUAUAAGUUCUGAGGCGCAGCUAAAAUCUUCUACUGAGAACAAUGUACAGAUCAAAUCUGAAAGAGGUCAAAAGUCACGUGCUGUUUUUGCAAGAGAUACUUCCAGAGGAGCAACAGCUGAGAAGGGAUUUCAGCCUGAUACAGAUGCAGGAACAAGUGUGGCAGGUGGAGGCCAGAAUGGUCACUCACUUGUUAGUGGGAGUUUGUCAAGCAUGUCAGAUCCUCGAGGUUACAGCCUCAAUAGCUUAUACUCUAUGAUUCGGUUAAGAGAGCCACCGAGCACCUUGAAACCAUCAGAAAACAAGACUGACCGGGACAGAACAGAGAUAGCUAUUGUGAAGCUUUUGGUCAAAUCUUACUAUGACAUUGUCAGAAAGAGUAUUGAGGAUGCGGUUCCCAAAGCUAUAAUGCAUUUUUUGGUGAACCACACAAAGCGGGAGCUCCACAACGUUUUAAUUCGGAAACUGUACAGGGAGAGCCUACUUGAUGACAUGCUGAGGGAAACAGAUGAAGUACUUAUCAGACGGCAGCGUAUUCAAGAAACGCUCCAAGUUCUUGAACAGGCACACAGGACGCUUGAGGAAUUUCCUCUUGAAGCUGAGAAGCUUGAGAGGGGCUACAGCAUCUCUGAGUAUGGCACUGGCCUGCCGAAAAUCCCUGGACUCAGCAAUCGCAAUCCUAGGGGAUCCUCCCUUAACUUGUACAGUUGA